AUGAGAGGCACGCUGCUCCGACGAAGACUUCUAAUGGCCGCCUUGCACCAAACUCCCUUGGCUCGGGGGUCAUUGGGCAUUGGUGGGCGCACAAUGAGCUCUAUUGCCGAGCCAUCCUUUUGGAAAGGACUUAUUCCCAAACCGCUGCGAUCAUCAGCCCGAGGCUCCAAAUUGGGGAAUAAGCCCAAAUCCAAGGAGUGGAAUCCUGCGACGUUCUUCAUUGUCAUAUUUCUGUUUAUUGGAUCCAUGUCUAUCCAGAUGAUUGCGCUCAAGAAAGACUUCGCAACCUUCACACGACAGUCGGACGUCAGGAUUGGACUUCUCCGUGAGGUGGUGGAGAAGCUGCAACGGGGCGAGAAGGUGGAUGUGGAGAAGGUGUUAGGCACCGGUGACCCGGAGAGGGAACUGGAGUGGGAAGAAGGUUUGCAGUCCUGGAAGUAA